AUGUAUCAGCCAGUUUAUUCUAAAACUUCAGGUCAAGUUGACCGUACAAAAAAAGAUGGUACAGAAAAGGUCUUUUUGAGAACUCCAAAAGAUGAUAGAGUUUUGAAGGUUUCUAAAGAUGACCUAGUUAUUUCAGAGCCUGUGACAGCUGAAAAAAUCAGCGAGAAAUUAGAAUGCUAUGGUGGGUGUAUUGUCAGAAAUUACUUACCGGUCGAAGAUUGUGACCAAAUUUUAACUGAUUUAAGGCCACACUUAGACGCAGACGUUGCUUGGGAAGGUGAUUUCUUCCCAAGAGAAACUAGGAGAUCAUGCGGUACAGCUGUUAAGUCCAAGACUGCAGCCGAAAAGGUUUUAGCACAUCCUUUAAAUUUGGCCGUUUCAAAUAGGUUUCUCGCCCAAGAGAACCAUUUCAUCAAUGGUGAUAAGCUAGCAACAGGCUAUUCACCUGCGCAACAUAAUUCAAUGAUUACUUUUGAUGUCGGUCCUGGUGCAAAAGACCAAGUUUUGCAUAGGGAUGACAUGCUCCAUCACAACAUUCGUCACAAGAUGGACAAGUUUGAAUAUGGAUAUGAAACUGCUGUCGGGACUGUCUUGGGUCUUACCAAAACUACUAAGGCGAAUGGGGCAACUAGAUUUGUCCCGGGUUCUCAUCUAUGGGAUCACUUGCGUAAACCUACAGAAGAAGAAUGUGUCUACGCUGAAUUAGAAAAGGGUGACUGUUUCUUUAUGCUUGCUUCUUGUUUUCAUGGAGGGAGUGCCAAUACGACUAAGAAUGAGCACCGUAUACUCACCAUUCUUUUCAUGACAAAGGGAAUAUGCAGACAAGAAGAGAAUAUCUUCUUAGGCACACCACUUAAUUACUUCAAGUCUCUAUCCAUAGAAGCUUUGAAAGCAUUAGGUUUGACAACUAGCGAGCCAUUUUGUGGGUUCUAUGAAUUGAAAGACCCUUUGAGCUUUUUGAAAGAAGAUUUUAAGUCUAAUGAUGCAAGCGGUGAUGACUUAUUUACAAACUCUUAUCCUAUUGUUAUUGACACCUAG